CGGGCCCCAGCCCCCGGCCCCCUGGCCCGAGCUGUGAGAUGAAUCUCUAAUCGGUGGCCGCCGGGCACCCAAGGCGAAGGCAGCUCGGGCUCGGGCUCCGAAUGUGUAGGUGUGGGCCAGCCCCCACCCCACCCUGACAAGUCACCAUGGAUCCUGGAGCCGGGCCAGACUCAUCUCUGACUGUCAAUGAGCAGGUCAUCGUGAUGUCAGGCCAUGAGACCAUCCGAGUUCUGGAGGUUGGAGUGGAUGCUCAGAUCCCUGCUGAGGAGGAGGGCAAAGCGCUGGAGGCUGUGGCCACCGAGGGCUCCCAGAGUGGAGGCCCUGCUGAGGCUGGUGAAGCUGCUGGUGAAGCUGGCCCAGACAACCCAGACUCCUCCGUGGAGGCAACUGUGAAGUCGCUUCCGGGGAUGCCUUCGAGCCCUGCCCCUGCUGUUGCCACCUUCAGCCAAGCUCCAUGCCAGCCUCAGGCAUCACAGACCCUGACACCGCUGGCUGUACAAGCUGCCCCCCAGGUCUUGACUCAGGAAAACUUAGCCACAGUUCUGACAGGAGUUAUGGUUCCAGCAGGGGCAGUUACUCAACCUCUUCUUAUCCCCAUCAGUAUUGCAGGUCAAGUGGCUGGUCAACAGGGGCUGGCCGUGUGGACAAUUCCUACUGCAACCGUGGCUGCCCUCCCAGGACUGACCGCUGCUUCUCCCACGGGGGGAAUUUUCAAGCCACCUUUAGCCGGUCUCCAAGCAGCUGCCGUGCUGAACACCGCUCUCCCGGCGCCUGUACAAGCCGCCCCACCGGCCCAGGCCUCCUCGCCUGCCCAGCCCCGACCACCGGCUCAGCCCCAGACGCUGUUCCAGCCCCAGCCACUGCUGCAGGCCACACCGGCCAUUCUACCACAGCCCACUGCUGCCACCGCCACUGCCCCCACCCCCAAGUCUGUGGACACCCCCACACAGAUCACCGUUCAGCCUGCAGGCUUCGCAUUCAGCCCAGGAAUCAUCAGUGCUGCCUCCCUCGGGGGACAGACCCAGAUCCUGGGCUCCCUCACCACAGCUCCAGUCAUUGCCAACGCCAUUCCCAGCAUGCCGGGGAUCAGCAGUCAGAUUCUCACCAACGCUCAGGGUCAGGUUAUUGGAACACUUCCGUGGGUAGUGAACUCGGCUAGCGUGGCGGCCCCAGCACCAGCCCAAAGCCUGCAGGUCCAGGCUGUGACCCCCCAGCUGUUGUUGAACGCCCAGGGCCAGGUGAUCGCGACCCUGGCCAGCAGCCCCCUGCCUCCUCCUGUGGCUGUCCGGAAGCCAAGCACUCCUGAGUCCCCUGCUAAGAGUGAGGUGCAGCCCAUCCAGCCCACACCAGCCAUGCCCCAGCCGGCCGUGGUCAUCGCCAGCCCAGCCCCAGCGGCCAAGCCUGCUGCCUCUGCUCCCAUCCCGAUCACCUGCUCAGAGACCCCUACAGUCAGCCAGCUGGUGUCCAAGCCACAUACCCCAAGUCUGGAUGAGGAUGGGAUCAACUUAGAAGAGAUCCGGGAGUUUGCCAAGAACUUUAAGAUCCGGCGGCUAUCCCUGGGCCUCACACAGACCCAAGUGGGUCAGGCUCUGACUGCAACAGAAGGCCCAGCCUACAGCCAGUCAGCCAUCUGCCGGUUUGAGAAGCUGGACAUCACACCCAAGAGUGCCCAGAAGCUGAAGCCGGUGCUGGAAAAGUGGCUGCAUGAAGCUGAACUCCGGAACCAGGAAGGCCAGCAGAACCUGAUGGAGUUUGUGGGAGGCGAGCCCUCCAAGAAACGUAAGCGCCGCACCUCCUUCACCCCCCAGGCCAUAGAGGCUCUCAAUGCCUACUUCGAGAAGAACCCGCUGCCCACAGGCCAGGAGAUCACCGAGAUUGCAAAGGAGCUCAACUAUGACCGGGAGGUCGUGCGGGUCUGGUUCUGCAACCGGCGCCAGACACUCAAGAACACCAGCAAGCUGAAUGUCUUUCAGAUCCCGUAGGGCUCAGCCCCCAGCCCUAUGUCCCAGCACUUUGUACCUCCCCUUGGCAUCCAGCUCCGGCUGCCACCCUGUGGCCUCUGCCAUUCUGCUGCCUGUGGCUGUGUUUGUCCUGGGUUGUGAGACUCCGCUGUGCACCUGUGUGUCAGCUGCCCCCCUUCUUUUCCCCGUGCCAUCCGCAUCCCAGGGAGGGCAGUGGGGCCCACCUGAGACCUCCAGGUUUGGGGCUGGUCAUGCCGAAGGAGGGGACUUGUCAUGUCACUUAAAGAAGCACUUUGCUGAUGUGGGUUUUUGAAGGGUGAUUUCUGGUUGGGAACCAGAGGCUCCCCAUCUUUGGGACGGGGCUGUAGUAGCCUCCAGGACCACUGGCCAUUAGCUCUUGUUUUUGAUGGCACUCUCUCCACUGUCUCUUCUCUGUUCCUCUGUGUGACCGUGGCAGGUACAGCGGCUCAUCCAGUGGAACCACAGCCUCACCCACCUACCCUCUGCCUGCAAGCACACUGUCCCCCGACAAAAUCCAAGAGAUCUUGUUCUGAAAAGUGUGAUGUGCAGCUCAGAAAGUCAGAUUCCAUGUAUGCCUUGACCUCAAGGUCAGAAGGUUUCCAUAGACCUGGGGCCAGAAUACAUGAUCACUCCCAUCUCUCCUUGGCUCCUAGGUAGGGAAAAUUUCACUAAAGCAGAAUUUUUUUCUUUUAUACAUCAUGUUGGAAGAAAUCAGCAGUGAACUCUAGCUGUCCUGGAGUUGACCUGGGCCUAUAGCAGGUUGUGAAGUGAAAGUCACUCAGCUGUGUCCGACUCUUUGCGACCCAUGGACUGUAUAGUCCGUGGGAUUCUCCAGGCCAGAAUACUGGAGUGGGUAGCCUUUCCCUUCUUCAGGGAAUCUUCCCAACCCAGGGAUCAAACGCAGGUCUCCUGCAUUGCAGACGGAUUCUUUACCAGCUAAGCCAGCAGGUUGGGAACUUGAUAAAUAAGGCAUCUCUCCCAGAUUUUAAUUUGAUCUCU